UUUCUCCUACUCGUCAACCAAUUAAUCAAUACACAUAACGUUUAGUAACACCUCAUCCAAUCAGGUACACACUUUUACGUUUUAAGAACAAAAGAAAAAGACAUUACAUCGCAAUUUGCAAAUAGAGAUGGCGAAAUCGAGCAAAAAUCCCACCACGUCGUAUCCGGCGAUAAAGGCAGAGCAAUACUUACACAGCCCCGUUCACUACGCGCUGGCCAUUCGCGACCACACAAAGCUUUCCAGAAUCAUUUCUUCGCUUCCCCGAGUUCCCGACCCUGCCCGAGUCAUCACCGAGUCCGACUCGCUCAGUCAGGACCGAGUCGGGGAGAAAAUCUCCGCCGUCCUGGACCGCCGCGACGUCCCGUUCCGGGAGACGCCCCUCCACCUCGCCGUCCGCCUCAACGACUUCGCCGCAGCGCGCGCCAUAGCCUCCGCCGGCGCCGAUAUCUCCCUCCACAACGCCGCCGGCUGGAACCCGCUCCAGGAGGCGCUCUGCCUGCGCGCCUCUGACAUCGCGCAGGUCCUCGUCCGGCUCCACCACCGUGCCGCCUGGGCCAAGUGGCGCCGCCGCCUGCCGCGCCUAGUGGCGGCUCUCCGCCGCAUGCGUGAUUUCUACAUGGAGAUCUCGUUCCACUUCGAGAGCUCCGUGAUUCCCUUCGUCGGAAAAAUCGCUCCCUCCGACACCUACAAAAUCUGGAAGCGCGACGGCAACCUCCGCGCCGACACCACCCUCGCCGGCUUCGACGGUCUCAAAAUCCACCGCGCCAACCAGAGCUUCCUCUUCCUUGGCGACGGUGACGCCAUCGCAGGCGUCCCCGCUGGCUCCCUCCUCGUUCUCAACCGCGACGAUAAGAAAAUCUUUGACGCGUUCGAGAACGCCGGAGCUCCGAUGAGCGAUUCCGAUGCGGCGGGAUUCUGCUCGCAGAGCAGCGUGUACCGGCCGGGGAUGGACGUAACGAAAGCAGAACUCGUCGGAAGAACUAAUUGGAGAAGACAAGAGAAGAUGGAAAAUGUUGGAGAGUGGAAAGCUAGGGUUUAUGAAGUACAUAACGUGGUUUUCAGUUUCCGGUCACGGAAAGUUACUGGAGGCGAAUCCGACGUGGCAGGGAGCGAGCAGGUUUUACCAUUGGAGCUUGAUGAAGACGAAGACGGUUUUCUCGUUGCGGAAAAUCCGAGUUUUGGAAUGCCUCUCGGUAGUAACAAUUCCGAUAAGAGAAGACAUAGUAGUUUUGUGAGAGAAGAAAGAGAGUGGGUCCCAAUAGGGAGAAAAAGCGUGGAUUUGCCUUCCGUUUCGGUCGCGCCACCGAGGAGGUCAUCGGCGGCUGCGGCGGCUCCGGCUGCCCCACUGACGAAGGAGAAGGAGUAUUUGAGAAGUUUGAGGCCGGCGGUGUGGUUGACGGAGCAGUUUCCAUUGAAGACGGAGGAGCUGUUGCCGUUGUUGGACAUUCUGGCGAACAAGGUGAAGGCGGUACGGCGGCUCCGGGAGCUUCUCACGACGAAGUUCCCGCCGGGGAGUUUUCCAGUGAAGGUGGCGAUCCCGGUGGUCCCCACGGUAAGGGUGGUGGUCACGUUUACCAAGUUCGUGGAACUGCAACCUGUGGAGAAGUUCUACACGCCGUUAUCGAGUCCUACGCAUUUGCUCAAUGCAGAUGAUGAUGAUCCUUCUGGGAGAUCCACGUGUCUGAGAAGAACUAGUACUAGCCAUUCGUGGGGUGGGGGGAGUAAGCACCAACAACGAUCUUCUUCUUCUUCUGGGGCUUUGGAUUCGGACCCUUUUGCUAUUCCUGUUGGAUAUACGUGGACCAAUAAUGGGGAUGAUUCGUCACGGAAAUUGAACAAGUCCAAGUCCGUCAGAAAAUCCAAGUGAAAACGAACCACACAGCAACAUCAAGUAUGCAUUAUUGGGAAAGAUUUUGAGCUGAAAGAAUUCCACGAGAUAUGAACUAUACAUUGUAGCAAAUUGCAAUGUGCCAAAAGCUGCAUCCAUUAUUAUUGUGUAAAUAUCCCCGUAUUGUUUUUUUUAAUCAACUGGGGGCUUUGAGAUAACGUACGUGUUCAUAGAGAGGUUUCGCAGUAAGUAGUUUUUACAAGAUAGAACAACAUUAUUACUUGAGUCACAGUUUUGUUGUCUAUUUUCAGUUAUAUAGAAAUUUGCUGUGGUUUAAUUUUUCUUCUUUUGAAUGGGUGCUGGGUGCAGGGACAGAGAUCAAAUGUUUCUUGCUUGUUUUUUGUUAAGUUUCAAAUUGGUUCAAUGCUACUACCAUCCUUGUGCCCGAUUGAGGCCAAGUUCCC